AUGGCGGAAACGGAGCUGAAAACCGUGUUUUUCGAUCUGGUUCGCGAUACUAAACUACAUAAGAAGUCUGCUAGUCAACGCAAGGGUCCUGGACAAAUUGAUUCAAGGGUUGAGUCACUACUCAAGGAUCUUGAGACUAAGCUUUACAAGAUAAGUGAUGACGAAUUCAAGGUGGCUGCACUGAGAGAGCUAAAGAAGGAAGAAUUGAUUGAUUAUUUCAACGAAUACAUAAAGAUUGACGAACCGAAAAAGCAAUCGCUGAGCAUAUGUGUUUAUGGAAGCAACCAAAUGGCAUCAGACAAAGAGAUAGUGGUAUCACCAUUCAUAGAAAUCGAAGAUAUUGUCGGUUUCCGAAAAUCUCAGCCUCUUUACGGGUCGUUGGAAGGAUGUAGCCAGCUUAAACUGUGA